AUGCCCCCCCCCACCAGAGGCGACAUUGGCCGCGUCGUCGUCAUCGGCGGCAACGGCUUCCUCGGCCACCACAUCGUCAACCAAGCCGUCUCCGACUGGACCGCCGCCGCCGUCUCCUCCGUCGACCUGCGGUGCGGCGCCAACCGCAACGCCGGCGCGUCCUACCACGAGUGCGACAUCACCGACAAGCCCAAGCUGCUGGCCCUCCUGCAGCAGCUCCGGCCGGACGCGGUCAUCCACACGGCCAGCCCCGCCGCCAGCGGGGAGCGCAAGGUCGCCGACGAGCUCUUCCGGCGGGUCAAUGUCGACGGGACGACGGCCGUCGUCGAGGCCUGCCAGGCGGCCGGCGUCCGGGCCCUCGUCUACACCAGCUCGGCGAGCGUCGUCUCCGACAACGAGCACGACUUGCGGAACGCCGACGAGCGCUGGCCCGUCAUCCGGGGCGCCCGGCAGAAGGAGUACUAUUCCGAAACCAAGGCCGCCGCCGAAGACGUCGUCCUCCGGGCCAACCGCGCGUCGCCCUCGUCGCUGCUGACCGCGUCCCUCCGCCCGUCGGGCAUCUUCGGCGAGGGAGACGUCCAGACGCUCGCGGGAUUCCUCAAGGCCUACCGCUCCAACAAGUCCCACGUGCAGCUGGGCGACAACACCAACAUCUUCGACUUCACCUACGUCGGCAACGUCGCCCACGCGCACCUCCUGGCCGCCCACGCCCUCCUCCUGACCGCCAAGGCAUCCGUCCAGCCUCUCGACCAUGAAAGGGUCGACGGCGAGGCCUUCUUCAUCACCAACGACGCCCCCUGCUACUUCUGGGACUUUGCCCGCGCCGUGUGGAGAGCGGCGGGCAACCAGGCGGGCACCGAAGGCGUCUGGACCCUCGGCAAGGGCACCAGCAAGGUCAUGGGGUCUCUGAGCGAAGUCGCCUUCGGCAUCGUCGGCAAGCCGCCCACCUUUACCAGAACCAGGGCCGUCAUGUCCACCAUGACGAGGUAUUACAACAUCACAAAGGCAAAGUCCGUGCUGGGCUACGAGCCGCUGUGGUCUCUGCAGGACGGCGUAAGCAGAGGUGUGGCUUGGUUUUUGGAGCAGGAUAAGACAGCGCCGGCCGUCAAGCCUUGA